AUGACCGCCAUUGUCGACUCCGCAAUGCAGGGAGCGCCAAAUAUGAUGCCCGACUACGAGAUCAAGUUCCUCCUCAAACCCACCGCAGUCCUCGGUCCCAACACGGAGCUCACGAGCAGCGUCCUGUCGACCUUCGACAUGCCCCUAAGCGUCACCAAGCUGCAUGCCCAGUUUCUUGAUACGACCGGCAAGGACAUCUAUACCGCCGGCUGGAGCGCCCGCAUCCGUAAGACUGAGAACGAAGAUGACUUGGAGCUGACGUACAAGAAGCGGUAUGUCAUCACAGACGGUGACAUCGACGCCGCGCUCACCACGGCUAAUAUUGAUGGUUUCGACGCCGGUGACGCGAAAUACGAGGCCCAAGUCGAAUGGGGCUACCAGAAGCAGACACUCUCUAUCACCCGCAAGAAGAAGGUGGCGGAUUCUGUGAACAGCGGGAUGGACCUGCCGGGGACGUGCAAAUCGCGUGCGAUGUUAGUCGACAAAGCGCCCGAUAAGUUCGACAACUGGCUGGGCAUCAACUGGGGCACCGACGCGUUGGCAGAAUCGCGUAUUUUUGGGCCGGUCCUCGCCAAGCGCUCGAUUGGCACAUGGGAGGGGAUGCGGCUCUACAUCGAGGUCUGGCUCAUCCGCAACCGCGCGGGCACAGGAAACGACUGCCUCGUCGAGGCGUCUUUCAAGACUGAGAGCCGUACGACAGCCUUGACUAAGCACGACAGCUUCAUCUCCUACCUGCAGGACAAGGCUUGGUUUCUCGAGGAGGACUCACUGAAGACGGAGCUCAUUAUGGAGCGCUAUUAA